AUGCGUGGUGCUAUCUGUAAAUAUAGAAGAAAUGUUAAUAUGGUAUUCUAUUUAGCUGGGAACAAGAACGCAUCAAUGUUUUCGAUUAUUCUUAUAUCAAUUUCAAGCUUUCUCGUAUCUGAUACACAUGCGUACUCGCGAGAAAAAAAGAAAUUGGUUUUCACAGCGAAAUUGGAUCCGCUUUCGGUACGGUUUACCUAUGGUAGGGUAAAUGGCGCAUCCGUCGGCAUUGGUGGUGCUCUACAUACGAUCCACAGACAAGUUGAAAGAGUGUUAACGGAGACGUUCCAAAAGGAAGCAUACCGGAUGGGAGUUGGCUGGAAGUCAAAUUCGAUCUCAGUACUAGUUAUGUAUGACCCAUUGUAUUGCAGUGCAUACAUUGCACGUAAUGAAGACUUUGAACUCUGUGAAGCUACCUAUGGCUACUGUUGCGAGCUUGUCAACGGAGUUGUCAUAUCUAUAGCGUCUCGAAAAGCAACGGCGAGCAUUAGAGUUCCGACGGAAUACAGGGAAGCUACAGUUAUAGUAAAGGUGACCAUCAUUCGAUUCGGAUGACCGCCACUCCCACCCUUUGCUGAAUCUUCACCCGAGUCUAAUAACCAAUAAUACAGUUUUCUUUCAGUUAGGGGAGGUAUUGUAAUUCGAGCCAUUUGUUUUUUCGUGCUUGCCUAGACUGAAGCCC